AUGGCCUCAAGAACUUCAGCAGGGAGGGUGCAAGAUGAAGCCGUACGUCCUAUUUGCCUGGAGUACCUGACGGAGCCUGUGACUUUAGACUGUGGGCACAACUUCUGCCUCGCCUGCAUCACUAAGCACAGUGAGAAAUGCACAGAGGGGGACUGUGACCCUUUGUGCUGCCCCAGCUGCAGAGCCCAGAUCCAGAGACAGAAUUUCCAGCUGAACUGGCAGCUGGCAAAUAGAGUAGAGCAAGUUAAACACUUGCAUUUUGAAGCAGAGAGAGAACAAAAAGUGAAUCUAUGUGCAAGACACAAGGAAAAGCUGAAGUUGUUCUGUGAGGAUGACAGAGAAGCCAUUUGUGUGAUCUGCAGAGAGUCCAAGGAACACAGAGCUCACGCUGUGGUUCCCAUAAAGGAUUCUGCCGAGAAGGACAAGGAGGACAGCAGCAUCUUGAGCACGCGUAUGGAGGUGAAGCUCCAGCACCAAGUGGAGAUUUCUCCUGAACUGGCUGAGAGCCUCAAUACUUAUAACCAAAGUGAUGCUCUAAUGGAGACUCAGAGGAAAUUCAAGGAUAAUCUGACAUCUGAAUUAGAGAAAAAAAUAUUUCAGUCUAUGGGACCAGAUGAGAAAGUGAAUGUGACUCUGGAUCCAGACACGGCUCAUCCCCGACUUGUGAUGUCUGAGGAUCAGAAAAGUGUGAGAUGGGGAUUCACACGGCAGAAUCUGCCCAACAAUCUGGAGAGAUUUGACAAUGAUCCCUUUGUACUGGGUUGUGAGGGAUUCACCUCAGGGAGACAUUGCUGGGAGGUGGAGGUGGGGGAAGCAAGAAGCUGGGUUUUGGGGGUUGCCAGAGAGUCUGUGAACAGGAAGGGAAGGAUCAGUGUUAGCCCUGAGCAGGGCUUCUGGGCUUUGCGGCGGAGUGGGGCAGGGUGGUUGGUAGCUUACACUUCCCCUGAGGGGACCCACCUCCCUCUUCCUGAUAAACCCAGGAGGAUGCGGGUCUGUCUGGACUACGAACGGGGGCAGGUGACAUUUUUUGAUGUUGAUAAUGAGGCCCUGAUCUUCACUUUCCCACCGGCCUCUUUCUCUGGGGACAAAAUCCGCCCUUUCUUCUCAGUUGGGGAAAGAGGAAUGUACACAUCUUUCUCAUACUUGUGUGGGCCAUCACAUAUCACAAUGUGUCCCUGAGACAUGGGGGAAAAUAUCCCAAUGACUCUCAAGAACGUCACAAGGGUGGAGGACUCUAGCAGCCUUCAGUGGCAGAAAAUGAGAGAGAGGUGGAGCCCAGGGAGAGAAGGUGCUGUGGGGAGUGUGAAGGUGGAGUUUGGAGCGGGGAAAACCUACAGAGAAGAUGUUUGGGAGUGGAGAGGUGAAGCUGGCUAAGGAGAUAGGAGGGGAGGGUCAAUUACCCUUCAGAACAAAAUACACAAACCUUAACAUGCAUUGGAGAAGGGGAAACCAAUAUGGAAUAAAUGUAAGUCUCAUGCAGAAAGGAAUAGAAAAUGUUUUAAGGGAGAAAUUAGGAAAGAAAAUCCUUCUUUGAGCCAAUUUUAUCUUCACUGUACUUUGCUUUGUCUGUAUCACUGCAACAGAUCUUAAUGUCAAAAUAAGUUCUGGCAGUUCAAUAAACACUCUGCCUUUUAGUAGCUGGCAUGUCUGACUCUGACUGUCACCCACCCCCAUUCAGCAUGGUGCUCUGUCCACUUCUAGCAGUAGCAGGAGAGAUUGAUGAUCCUGUUACAUCCUUAGCUAACAGAGCUGGGUCUCAUAGCUCAGGCAGUUGUGGCUCAUGCUUUAAGAUCCAGAGAGCUCCACUUCACUUUCAGCUGACAAUAACUCCUUCCCCCUAUACCCCCCCCCCACAAGGCAUGGCAUAAUAUAAACAUAGGGGGCCAAAUUCAGCCAUUGUGAUCAACCUCUUCAGCAUCAUUGCUGCUGGCAAUUG